CUGUAAUGAGCUGGAUGUUUUUGAAAUAAAUAUGAGCUGGAUGUCAAGCUGGAUGUUUUUGAAAUUACAAAUGAACAUGCAUAUAUAAUUAAUAUAUAAAUGAAUCCAGUUGAAAUUGUCAUUGAUCUAAACAGUCUAAUCUUCCCAUUCUUAGACCAAACAAGAAUACAUUGGAAAGAAAAUGACAUAUUUAUUACAGGGAAUCAUCAGGUUAAGAAAGAAUUCUCUUCCCUACCUCUGUCUUUAACCUGAACUUAUAUUUAAAUGGGAAUUUAUACUUACAAACAGACUACCUAUUACAUUGGACUUCCUCAAGCUGAUGAGGUGCUUAAACUGCACUAUGCUGUCAGGAACCCAUAAAAAUUGUUGAAAACAGGCUGUAUAUGAAAAAUGCACAGCUUCACCACUUUGUCAGCCCGAAGAAGAAGAAUGCCAUCUGCCAUAUUUAUUAACAGCCAAUUUACAUCUAGGGUUUGUCUUUAAAUUAUAUGUUUUUAAUCUGGAUGCUGCCUGUCAGGGGUGGGUUGCUGCCAGUUCAGCCGGAUCGGGCGAACCAGUAGUAGCAGUGGCAGGAGACUCCGCCCACCUGCCUGGAUGCUUCUGCGCAUGCACAGAAGCAUUGUGUACACGUGAGCAUGUGGCCGCGAGUUAACCAGAAGUAAAAAUAAUAGAAAUCCACCACUGCUGCCUGUAUGUUUCUCAAAUUAAGCUCUGAUUCUUCCAAAAACUUUUCUUAUUUACUGUAUUCAAAAUGAACCUCCACACAGUGAAAAUCUGGGACAUUAUUUUUGCUUAUCCUUUACCAUACAAAUCACAGUUAUUGUUCCAGGACUAACUUAAAAAAAAAAUGGGUAAUUUAGGGAGAGAAUUAACUCAAAAACAUCUGAAAAUGGUAGUGAGAAAAUGUCAUCCUGUUUUCUUUGCUGUUCCUUUGAUUACAUGUUGUUUAUUUCGUAGCUGGCUUAGACGCAUUCAUCAAGUUUCUGAGAAGUGAGUUUAGUGAAGAGAACAUUGAGUUUUGGAUGGCAUGCGAAGAGUAUAAGAAAAGCAAAGAUGCUUCCCAACUCCCACUCAAAGCAAAGACAAUUUAUGAGACAUUCAUUGAAAGAGAAUCACCAAAAGAGGUCAACCUUGAUUUUAAUACCAAAGCCUCUGUAAAUCAGAAUAUGGCUCAUCCAACGCUCAACACAUUUGAUGCUGCACAGAACAAGAUUUAUGCCCUGAUGGAACAAGACAGUUAUCCGCGCUUCUUGAAGUCUAACCUUUACUUAGACUUCCUCCAUGGCAGACCUUUAGGCUGCUCAGCUCUUCGACGGAGAUCACGUUCUUUUACCUUCAAUGACUUCAAAGGUGCCCAGCCAGAUUUUGCUGUCUGGCUGUAAAAGUUAAUUUCCUUUCGACCCCCAUCUUCAUGCCAAUGAAGGGGCAUCAUUGCCUCAAAUACUUUAGAUAGGGGAAGUUAUCAUAGAACCCACAGAAUUGUUUCUAUUUUAUUUUUAUCUUGUUUACUUGAUGAUCAAAUCCAAAGGUUUCAUUUUCAUUUAUUGCAUGGAUGGUCAAGAUUUUUUUUACUCUCAGAUACUCUUUAUUAAAUAAGGCCUUUCUGAGCUGCAAAAAUUUGGAUGACCAUUAAAGAGCAACAAAGAAUUAGUUUUAUAUCUCUUCACUGCAAUCUAGUGAUCAUCUGUAUUUCUGCAAUCCAUGUAUAGUGCACCUAAUAAUGUGAAGGCCAAAUCCGUAAUAAACAGUAGCACAUUUAACAAUAAUGGCUAUGGAUAUGCACACUCAUAAAUAGAAAUAUGUUUAUUGUGUACAAAACCUAAAUACAAUACAUGGCAUUAAAGCAGUGAAAUCCUGAGUCUUACAGUAUGGGAAUGAUUUUUGUAAGAACAUCAGAUAGCAUUAUUCAUCCAGCAUUAGAACUUCCAGUUUGCUUUCUUUAUAUUCUAUGAAGCCAUAUAUCACAUUUUGAGACAUGGCAAAGUGUGAAAAUAUUCAGGCUCAACAUUAUGCUUCCUAAUGUGAAAGAGUGAAGAGAUAACAUUCAACAAUUUAGAAAGAAUAAACACAUUCUCAGAAGUUUGGUUUUAAAUGUGACCUAGAAAAGCAUUGAAUAAAUUGAGGAACAAGAAGUAUAUAUGCCUAGGAUAAAUUCUUUAGAAAUUCAGUUUGGUAUAAUAGUAAAGGCAUCAGGCCAGAACCUGAAAAACCACAAGUUCUAAUCGUGCUGAAGCAUGAAACCUGUUGGGUAACCUGGGACCAGUCUAGGAAGCAGACAACAGUAAAUCAUGUCUGAAAACCUUCCCAAGAAGUCUGGAGGGCCCUUAUCCAGGCAGUUAUAAGGAGUCAAUUCUGAUUUGACAGUACACACACAACCAAAAACAAUAAAUCUUAUAGAAUGUAGGGGAAUUGGUGCCUGAUUAAAUCUUCUUAGGAUAAU